AUGGCGAUGAGAAAGAAGGGCAGAAAGAAUGCCUCCGGAUUAUAUCACUGGUCCGGUUCCGCUAGACGUACCGGUAGUACCCUCCAAGCUGAUACAACCAGCGCCCUCCAAGCUACUAGUGCUCUUCAAGCUGCUAUUACACCCCCAGAAACCCCCCAGGCCACCUCCCACUGGCAAGCUACUGGUGCCUUCGAAGCUUCUAACGUCCCUGAAGGCUCCUCUCACCCCCCAAAGAUAGCAGAUGACACCCCCGAACAAUCUGACGCCACCCCCGCUUCUCAAAUGAUCCCAGAAGCCUCCAAACAAUCCCCCCCAAUUCCCUUUGACAAAUUUGCCUCCUCGGAUAUCUUCACCAUCCGCGCAGGCACUGAACUCCAGGCCUUCCACGUUCACAAAGACCUCCUCGCUGGGCUCUCGGACGAAAUGCGCAACCAUGUAUACAACGACAUGAGAGAAGGCAAGGCAAACGUUAUGGACCUGAAGCACAUAUCCCCGGAAACCAUGCACCGGUUCAUGGAAUUCUGCUACUCUGGAGACUACUUAUUCCCCCCCGGUGCCGAACGAAAAGACCCACUAAAGUACAAAGAGGCUACUGAAGCCCUCCCGAUCCUACUAACGCAUGCAAGGCUAUACGUCUUUGCCGAGAUGUUCAACAUUGUCUCACUGAAAAGGCUGUCCGCGGACAAGAUCAUCGCAAUCACACCCCUCUUCGGGAGGUUGGAGGAAAGGGCGCAUGGGCUUGCAGUGAUUUCCCUGAUGGAAUUUGUGCUGGAUAAUAUACCCGCCACUACUGAAACGACAGAUAGACUGGUGAAGUUCUUGGCGAGGUAUUCCGGGUAUUUUGUCGAGCAGAUCGGGGGGUAUCCGGAGUUCCAUGCGCUUCUAGCGAGUUCCGCGCGAGAGGACUUUUUUAGGGUGUUUUGUAAGUGGGUGAGGGCGGGGGGGGAUAGAGAGCCGUGGACUGAUAUAGAAUGAGGUUUUGGUGGUGAUGGGGUUUCUUGCUCGGUGAUCUGGAUGGCUUUUCUGGACUAUUUCUCUCUCAGCCAGAGUGUUUUUCUUUUUCUUUAUGACAGCAAGUUAGGUAGCAAUUUUUGCAAAGAGUUCGCGGGGGUGCCCAAUACAGUCCGGUUAUGUUUUAACUA